AUGUAUAACACUGAUAAAUACUUUGAUUUCGAUUCACCGAAGAGAACAGAAACAAAAAUUAGUAAGAAAACAAAGCAGCAAUCUUUAUUGGGGAUUUUGCUACUAGUAGGAGCCGCUUAUUAUUACUUCAUGAUUUAUUUACCAGAAGAAGAAAUUAAGCAGUUAGAAGUUAAACUACAGGCGGAGAUUGACCGAAUAAAAAAUGCUCAACCUGAUGAUGUUGAAUUUAAUGAAGCUGUGAAAUGGUUACAAGAACAUCAAAAAACUCCGGAGCAACUACAAAAAGAACUAGAAGAUCACAUAAAAAUUUCUAAUGUUCUAGUUGGUCGUUACAAUCAAGAUGCCAAAUUAUUUCCUGACGGAGAUAAACACGAAGAUUUUCACUUUUCCCGAGCUGCUACUUAUGAUAUUCACUUCCCACCUUCUAUGAAAGAUUUUUUUGAAUUAGGGAAAGAAAAAAAUAAAAAAAACUGUUACCUAUUAGACAAAAAUGAAGAUUUAAUUUGGUCUACACCCGGAACCGGCAAAUCAGCUACUGUGAAAAAGAUUUGUAUUGAGGCUGAUGAAUGCCCUUUGGUAAUAGUUAAAGGUUCCUCCUUAACCCCUACUAAGCAAGAUUAUGAUGCCGGCAUUGCUCCUUUGCAGAAAUUUGUUUAUACGAUUAGUGAAUUAGAAAAUCCAACCAAAUAUAAACUACCAAGUGGCUUUAAUAUUCCCUCGCUUCCUGAUCGUUGGCAAGAUACGGCUGGCUUAAAUGAAGAAGAUAACAAAUGA